AAAAAGUAGCUAUGAAUGAUCCAGCCUCUGUGUCCUCUGCAGGAGGGGCGGUCACUGCUUCUUUUCUCCAUAUAAAGGAGGUGAGGACCUGUUGCGCUUUAAUCCCGAAGCCUCCAAGCCAUAGAGCCUAUUCCCAAGGACCGCGUUCAUCACUGCGCCGAUGGAUUGUAAAGAGUUUGGAGACGAGUCCUCCGAGGGAGACACGGAGGAUCUGGACAACGUGAAAGCUCUUACAGAGAAGUUGAAGUUACAAACCCGCAGACCAUCCUAUCUGGAGUGGCAGGAGCGGGUACAGAGCCGACCGUGGACGGAAAGUUAUUCAGCAAACAGUCCCGACUCUGGAGAACAAGUCGUUUCCAUGCCUGCGACUCAGAGAAAUGAGAACUCAGAAGUGGUUGUGCGCAACAUCUGUGGCUUUGACACUAUUGAUGAUGCUUUGGAGUUUCUGAGAAAAGAGCUGAGGGAGAUGCAGGUUCAGGACAACCGCCUGGCCCGUCAGCUGAUCCGCCUGCGUGCAGAGAUUCACCGGCUCAAAGUGGAGCAGGUGUGUGACCGCCAUAAGGAGAUGCUGGACGAUGCAACGUAUGAGCUGGAGGAGUGCGGUGAGGAAUCAGACCUGCUGUGUGACAUCCCUAUGAAAGCUGCCUUCGCUCUGUCCACCCCUCUCAAACACCUGGGCCUCACCAAGAUGAACAUCAACUCCAGACGUUUCUCACUGUGUUAAAACCUCCACCUUAUUCAUGUUACUGAGGAUGUUGACGUCACCUCCUCUGUGUUUGUGUUGGCGUUAGUUAGUAGGGUUAUUUCCUCUUCUGGAGGUGUGAAUGAGGAGUCACUGACAGUUAUUGGUGCCCUGGGUGGAAAAUGAAAAUGAUUCCUUUGAUGUUCACCUUGGCUGGUCAUGGAGGAGGAAGCCAUCAGCAUGGAGACCUGUAGGGCCACAUACCCUUCAUACCAACACACCUUCCUGGUGGACGGAGCCUGGGCAGCUCUACUGUUGUUCUUUGCAGAGUACAAUGCUCAUGAGAGUAGAUAAAUGAAGACUAAGAGCUAGACUGUAAACGCAGGUAAAGUAAAGGUAAAGGUUGAUAUGGAAUGGGCAUCAUGUUCAAUGUCUUACUCCUAAUUAUUUGGUUUUGUAAAAAACAAAGUUGUGCCAAAGAAGUGCAAACAGUCACAGGAAGAGCAGUGCUGAUUUGCUGAGCAAUUGUCAUAGGAAUAAUUAGAAGCUUUCAUUUCUUAGGGAGCUUUGCAGAUAGGUCAGAUUACUUUACGCCAAAGGUAAAUCUGAGAGGUUGUGAGACAUUUAACAGGAUAGGAAAUAGAAAUACAAUAACAAAAAUAUUUUCUUGUAGUUUGGAGUUUCUAGUCUCUUUUUGUGCAAAUGAUUAAAUGACUUACGUGUGUAAGAUUUAGGGGGUUCUAAUCACCUGAAUUGUUUUUGCUACUUUAGAUUGAGCCUUUUAUAUCUACAGACACUGCAGUUCCUCUUGCACAGAGUCCGCUAUCUUAAACUGCCAUGCCAAGCGGACCAACCAAGUAGACAUUACUUCAUUUUAAGAUGCCAUAAACCAAAAACAUUGAGAGCUAUUUUUAUUGUUUGUUUUUGUAAACUUGACUGAAAUAAAAAAUAAAAAUAAAAAAAAACAGGA